GAAUGACGUAACGAAAUGGGCGGUAACCAUUGGCCGGUUGUUCAGCCAAUCAGGAGUGAAUGCGGAUAUGACAGAAGGACGCUGAAGAUGGCGUCAGAUUCAAACGGACCCUGGAUCCAUGUCUCUGGUUAUUGAAGUCAUCCCGGCAGCGGAGCGAUGCAGACAGAAGCAGCGGAGCGGAGGAGAAGGCAUGGCCGGAGCAGGAGCCGACCCAGAGCCGCCGUCAGCUCUGCCAGGAGCUCCGAGGAGGAGGUAGCAAGGCUGAACGUUAUCAUCACCGCCAUGCAGCAGAAAGAGAAGCAGGCAGGAGAGGAGGAAGAGGAGCGAGAGGAGGGACGAGGGAAGGAGAGAAGGAGGGAGAGGGAGGUGAGGAGCGGGAGGACGGCGUCAGAAGGAGGCGAAGGAGGCGAAGGAGGCGAGCGGUCGGAGAGGCUGAGGUGGAGAGUCCAUCAGCUGGAGAAAGAGAAACUGGAGCUGACGUCCAGCCACAACCAGGAGCUGUGCCGGCUGCAGGCGGCGCUGACCCGGCUCCGGUCCACGGUGGAGCGAGGAGAAGCUCAGCGGGUGGAGCUCCAGUACCAGCUGACCGCGAGCCAGAGAGACGCCGACCGAGCCGCCGAGCUCAGCCGGGACAACGAGCAGACUCUCACAGAGCGAGCAGCAGAACUCCAGCAGACGGUCCACGAGCUGCAGAAGGUUCUGGACAUCACCCGGCACGCCAGGGAGGAGGACCAGCAUGCUUUGCAGCAGGACGUGAAGGAGCGCGACAGACUGAUUCACAACCUGAGCUCAGAGAGCCAGCGGCUGCACCGACGGCUGCAGGAUCAGGAGGAGGCUCUGGAAGAGGCGCAGAGGAGGAUGGAGGAGGUGCAGAAGGAGAGAGAGAAGGAGGCCGAGGUGAACAGACGACAAGCCGACGAGCUGAAAUACCUGGCGGAGAGAGAGGAGAGGAGCAGGAAGGAGAAAGAGGUGUGUGAUCAGAAGAGGAGAUCUCUGGAGGAGAACUUGGAGUCGGAGCGAGCCGCUCACCUGGAGUCAAAGUUCAACUCUGAGAUCAUCCAGCUGCGUGGUCGGGACCUGGAGGCGGCGCUGGCGGCGGAGCUGUCCGUCCAGCAGGAGGCGCUGCGUGACCUGGAGCUGCUGAGGUCUCAGUUCAGAGAGGUGGAGAGAGUCUCCAGCCUGGAGAGAGAGAGGAGCAGCGGCACCGAGCGCGCUCUGCAGCGGCUGCAGACGGAGUACGAGCAGUGCAAGUCUGACCUGAGCGUUGCCGUGGAGACGGAGAGGACGAUGACCUCUGACCUCACAGAGAGGCUGGAGGAGGAGAAGAGACGGCACGCCGACACACACACACUGCUGGAGCAGGAGGCUCAGAGACGGCGUGAUACAGAGGGAUGUAUGAAGGUCAUCAGAGAAACACUCCAACAGCACGCCACCACAGGCACUGGUCCUCCAACAAAGGAUGAUGGGAAGCGGAGUCCCUCUGCUGACGUCCUGCAGCUGCUGAAGACGACACUUGGCGCCGCCGAGUCGGCCCGCCGGCGUCUGGAAACGACUGACGGACAGGUCAGAGAUCUGCUGUUUGCGUCGGAGCGGCUGCACGAGCAGAACCAGAGUCUGAGACGGCUGACCUCAGAUCAGAGCCGGCAGACGGAGGAGUCACUGCAGGCGGCGGUCAAACUGGAGGAGGAGGUCAGUCGCCUUCGCCAGGAGAGCUUUGAUUGGUCGUCUCAGAGCCGAGGUCUGCAGGCCGAGCUGGAGAAAGAGAGGGAGGAGAGGGAGAAAGAGUGGGAGGAGAGGGAGAAAGAGACGGAGGAGAGGGAGAAGGAGACGGAGGAGAGGACGGCAGAGGUCCAGAAGCUAACAGACCACUAUGAGACAGAGUCAAAGGCCCGUCUGUCCUUCGUCUACUGCGUCUACCAGCGCCUGCUGGCCGGCUGCGUCCUCCUCCAUCAGCCCCAGAGCAUCCUGGGUGAUUUCACCUGGAACGAGCUGUGUGAGGUCAUCAACGAACAGGUCGACCAGCUGACCUCUGACCUCCGCAAGGCCAACGACCAGAUCGCCCACCUGCAGGGUGUGUGUGAGAAGAAGAGUGUGUGUGUGCGUGAGCUGCAGCGCAGUCAGGAGAGCGUGUUGUCUCGUCUGGAGGAGAGCGUGAGGAGGAGGGAGGAGGCGUGGAGCAGCCAGCACACACACACUGUGGCACAGCUGCACAACGAGCUGCAGGUAUGUCGCUCUCAGUGCGACUCUCUCCGUGACCACGCCUCCUCUCUGGAGCUCCACGUCUCCUCGCUGACCUCCGACCUCUCCCGGCUCCGGGGCCUCCUCUCUCGCGGCCGCGGGGAGUCGGCCUCCUUCCUGUCGGCGUGCGCCCUGCUGGCCGGGACACUGAGACACACCCAGCGCCGCCUGCAGACGCUCUCCGAGCAGAAGGCGCUCCUGUCCAGACGGCUGGCGGAGAGGGAGGAGCUGGAGGAGGAGGUGAGGAGGCUGGUCGGAGCGCUGGGAGGUGAGGAAGAUGGUGGUGAAGAAGAGGAGGGGAGGAGGAGGAGGGCAGUGAGGAGGUGGAGGAGGAGUGUGUGUGUGGUGUUGGCGGUGAGGAGGUGGUGUUCUCUGAGCAAACAGACAACGGUGUUGUUUCGGCUGGAGAGAGGCGGCGGCGGCGUUCUGGCUGUGUGCGUCUGUGGAGACGCGGCGGCAACGAAGGAUCCAGAUGCAGCGAGCUCAGAUGAUGAAGAUGAUGAGGAUGAAGAUGAUGAAGAUGAUGACGAUGGAGGGGUGUGUGCUCGCUGGCUUCGCUCUAAAAGUCUCUCCUCCAUCAUCCUGUCCUCCACGGCCGACCUGCAGGGGGCGCUAGCACACACCGGCUCCGCCCCUCCAGACGUGACGUCAGCAGCUCGUUCUGCUUUGUCCCGCCUCCUGGAUCACCUCCUCGACCAAUCGGACGCGGCGUCCAGUGUGGGCGAGGACGUGCUGAGUGGCCGGCUGCGGCUCGGCCUGAGCAGGCUGACGCCGCCGCAGCCCAACAUGAAGGCCCUGGUGUCCAGCCUCCACCAGCACUUCCUGCUCUUCAGCCAACGGCUGCACUCGGCCGAGGUGGAGAGGCGGAGCCUGAGGCUGGAGGUGGCCAAUCUGAAGAGAGGACGGCGGCAGGAGAGAGAGGUCCCAACGCAGCGCUUCCACAGUGUGUGUGUGGAGCUCCGUCAGGCGCUGAGCAGAGAACAGGAAACCCAGACGCUCAUCCAGGAACAGACCAACCAGCUGCACACGCUGCAGCUCCGAGGCAACGCGCACGCCGCCGAGCAGACGGACACGCAGCGCACGCUGAGCCACGCCACACAGUCUCUGUCGGAGGCUCGGCAGGACGUGAGCCGGAAGGAGCGCUCGCUGAAGAUUCUGGGUAAGCACCUGUCGGGGGUGCAGAGGGAGAGGAAGCAGCUGGAGGAGAGGCUGCGGCGAGUCGAGGACGAGCUGAGGGACGCCGCCAGACGUAAAGAAUGUCUGAUCAGCAACAUGAAGGCUGCAGAGAGCAGCUACAAGGAGGUCAGAGAGAGUCUCGUCCAAUCACGUGGCUCCCUGUCAGCUCAGCCCCGCCCCCUGCCGUUACCCAGGGAACACCUGGAGCUGAGUGGAGCAGAGAGCAUCAUGGGAGCUCCUGAGGUGGCAGCGUGCCAGAGUCUCCUCUCCUCCGUCUCUCAGCUCUAUCACACCUGCAGCUCCAGGAUCGACUGGCUGGAGCAGGAAGUCUCCGCCCACCGCGGUCAUGUGAUCGCGCUGCGCAGCGAGCUGCAGGACGCCUGUCUCCGUGACAACCUGGCCUACGUCCCGGUGGCGAAGUUUCCUGAAAUUUUUCCAUUCGCCGACGUGGAGACCCCUCAACCCGUUCCCCUCUCUGAUUUGUCGAAGGAGCCGCCGGUCAGGCUAAGCACCGCCCCCUCCCAGACAAACCCCGCCCCCUCCCAGAAAAACCCCGCCCCCUCCCAGAAAACCCCCGCCCCCUCGCCGCCGCCCCUCUCCGGACCUGUCAGGGGCCCCAGAACGAAGGAGAGGAGAGCCACGAGGAAGAACAGAGACAGAGGAGGGAGGAGGUAGAACGUUUGGGAAUACCAGUCCUGGAAAAGCCUUGAACGUAGUCCUGGAAGGUCCUGGAAGGUCCUGGAAGGUCCUGGAAAGAUGUGAAGUUUACCGUCCACACAAUCAGAACGGACUCAGCUGUGUGUGUGUGUGUGUGUGUGUGUGUGUGUGUGUGUGUGUGUAAUGUGUGUAAUGUGAAUAAAAGAUGUUGAAACGAACUGAAGCGGGAAAAGUUUUCAACCAGAAGAAGAAAAAA